CGACAACGUCGAGUGAUACGCACAACCGUGAACCAAUGGCCCAUUGCACCAUGGCUCGUAUUCGAUUGCGCUAUCUUUGUUUCUUCUCGUAUUUUUUGACAAGAACGGCUAGAGCAAGAAGGCGGAAAGGCACUCCACCAGCGACAAGAGGUUCGAAUGACGCUUGAUUUCCACGAGGCAGCAUACGACGAGCACUGCUACGAAGACGUCGCAUCGGGAUAUUACUGGAGACGUUCUCGACACCUACUUAUCUUAGCUUUACUAUGGACCUGUCCCAGACCGAAACGGGCCUUAUUAUUGACUCGGCCAAGCCAUUUCGAGUCCCAGGAACCCUGAGAAUUCCCUACCAUGGUCCGCUCAGCUAUCGUUGAGUUUGACUCUUGGACAAACGGGGACACGACGGACACUGCUGGAACCGUGAUGGUGCGGAAAUGGUCUGUGGCCAUAUAUUGCUGUCCAAGGAGCUCCCGACGUACCUUGCACACUUUUCCCCGAACACUGCCUUGCAUAUCCCCAGGGAGCUUCAUGGCACUGAUGACCCUUCUAUGAUGUGCCCUUCCAGAACAAUAUUUCAGCAGGAACGUGCCAGGACCAUAUCGCUAAGAAGGCAUCAAACGAGGCCCAUAUCAUAUCUCGUUACUUUCGCGCGCCUUGAUAAUACUGAUCAUAAGUCCCGCAUGCUUCGACCCUGGACAUCGACGAAGCCGAGCCUGAUUUUCUCAGGUACUACCCGAAAACUCCUUGUCCGAUUGUAUAUGGCAAGCUCUUUGAUGUCUACAAGGAGUCUGCAUCUAGUGUCCUGUGGCUUGAAGAAAUUUCAAAGCUGUGGUAUCAUGUCCACUCGAUCCGUGAUUGCCUCGUUGUCUCGACAUGUCUAUAUGUACAGAAAUCGGAAGGAAAUUGCUAUUGAUUUGCCUCCGAUUCUAGUCGAGCACUCCCGCGUCGUGCGGACAUAUUCUUAUUGGAUCCGGACACAGCUAUCAUGUCGUCUCGCCUCCCUCAAUCAACGGGAUAGUACUGGUGUCGGAGUUGGGAUGCAAAGGUUAAACGGCUCGCGACAAGCAUGGAUGCAACGAGGACGCGUUGAGCUUGCAUCAUCAACGCAGAACAGAGACGACUCCUUCACAAAUCCGUGCACUGUUGAAGUAGCACACCCUCCAUGUCGCUCUUACCUUACAUAAUCGUAGCUACCAAUACUGGAGGUCGAAAGUCAACGCUUACUAGCUUUUGACUUUCGACUCCAGACCUGGCUUUCCCUGCUGCGCUACGCAACCUGCUCUCAACAUGCACAUGGUGCUCUAAACAAAGUUUUAAACCUAAAUCUUCGACUUGUGUGCAUGCCAUAGUUCUGAUGCCCUAUCUCACGAAAUCUCCUU